UGCCUAAGCUAAGGAACUUAGCUAGCCGCUCAGCCGUUCAAAGCAGCGUCACUAAAGCUGUGCGACGUGUUCACCGUGGAUGUGUUGCUUUAUAUUUCAGCACAGGCGCGUUGCAGUGUGUUGAGGGUUAUUUCAGAUGUACCCACGUACUUCAGCGGUCUUUGAGCGGCCCGUGUUUCUUCGUUUCUGCUCAUUAUGUUGUCUUUGCUAAUGGCUAGCAAGUUAGCCGCUACGAAACGUAGCUCUCUGUUUUCUAAGUGUUYAGGUAGGAAGUGACAGCGUACUAAUGCUGGUGUCAUUCAAGUGGAAGUACCCUACAGGAGCCCUGGGUGACAGCCUGACCUAAACCUCGGGGCUGCUUGUGAUGUUCAGAGCUUUUUCUCAUUGCGUCACAUGACUCUCACCGGUCCAUUUAACCUGCCACAUAUUGUUACUCAAAAAACGGAUCUGAGCUCGGCACCAGCAUGAUCAUUUACGCUGACCCCACCCAGCCCACAUGGACCAGAAUCCUCCAAAACCAAGCUCUCCAAAUGAUAUGAUAGUAUCUGCCUGGAUUACUUUCUGUGCCUGCAGGAGCCUUGCACAGGUUCUGCUCUUCUUCCCCUCCUUAAACUCCCUUCCUCCAUCCUGGGAGACCCGUGCCAGUGUGGUCUCUGGCCCUGGAACCAUGGGUAACAGCUGYGUUUGUCGUGAGGAUAGCGACUUGGAGGAUCAUCACCACGGGUCGACGAGAGCGACCCGAGGACAAGCUAGAAGGGUUGACCACAGUACAGUUGUCGGCGUCGAUGGCGGAGAGCCUAGAAGCAGUCGACCGAGAGACCCGGUCAGGCCGCCGCGCCGGGGGAGAGGGCCCCAUGAGCCCAGGCGGAAGAAGCAGAACGUGGACAGCUUGGUGCUGGACACACUGGCUGUCAUCAGGACGCUUGUAGACAAUGACCAAGAACCCCCGUACUCCAUGAUCACGCUACAUGAAAUGGCAGAAACAGAUGACGGUUGGCUGGAAGUGGUCCAGUCUCUGAUACGAGUGAUCCCAUUGGACGAUCCGCUCGGCCCUGCAGUCAUCACCCUGUUACUGGAUGAGUGUCCUCUCCCUACUAAGGAUGCUCUCCAGAAACUCUCCGACAUGUUGAGUCUGAGUUCGGCUGUUGCGCAACAGGAUGCCCUCAGCCCAGCUAAACACAGAAACACCACAGCUGUUCUGGGAUGCCUCGCAGAGAAGUUGGCCGGACCGGCCAGUAUAGGACUGUUAAACCCUGGAACCCUUGAGUACCUCCUAGAGAGCCUGAGCGCCGAGUCCCACCCCACUGUCAUGCUGUUUGCUCUCAUCGCCCUGGAGAAGUUUUCCCAAACCAGUGAGAACAAACUGACCGUGUCAGAGUCGUCCAUCAGUAAUCGGCUCUCGGUUCUGGAGUCGUGGGCGGACCACCCGGACUACCUGAAGAGGCAGGUCGGAUUCUGUUCCCAGUGGAGCCUUGACAACCUGUUCCUGAAGGAGGGUCGUCAGUUCACCUACGAGAAAGUUAACCUCACCAACAUMAACGCCAUGCUGAACAGCAACGACGUCAGCGAGUACCUCAAGAUCUCCCCCACCGGACUGGAAGCUCGAUGCGAUGCCUCRUCCUUUGAGAGCGUGCGUUGUACGUUCUGUGUGGAUUCGGGCGUUUGGUACUACGAGGUGACGGUGAUCACAUCAGGGGUGAUGCAGAUUGGAUGGGCCACCAAAGACAGCAAGUUUCUGAACCAUGAGGGUUAUGGGAUCGGAGACGAUGAAUAUUCAUGUGCGUACGAUGGCUGCAGGCAGCUCAUCUGGUACAAYGCUCGCAGUAAACCUCAUUCUCACCCCUGCUGGAAGGAGGGAGAUGCUAUUGGCUUCCUGUUGGACCUCAACAAAAAGCAGAUGAUCUUUUAUCUAAAYGGACAUCAGCUGCCACCAGAGAAACAAGUAUUCUCAUCAGCCACGUCUGGAUUUUUCGCGGCGGCCAGCUUCAUGUCCUACCAGCAGUGUGAGUUUAACUUCGGGGCCAAGUCUUUUCGUCACCCGCCUUCCGUCAAGUUCAGCACCUUCAACGACUUUGCCUCGCUGCAGCCRAGCGAAAAGAUCAUUCUACCCAGACACCGGCGUCUGGCCUUACUGAAGCAGGUCAGCAUCCGGGACAACUGCUGCACGCUGUGUUGUGACGUCAUGGCGGAUACGGAGCUGCGGCCUUGCGGACACGGCGGUAUGUGUAUGGAGUGUGCCUUACAGUUAGAGACGUGCCCGCUGUGCCGCCAAGACAUCCAGACGCGCGUCAGACUCAUCGCUCACGUCUCCUGACAUAUUUCCUGCCCUUCCUUCCRUAAGGAGAGACGCACAAGGCCUACAGUUUCCUCCUGUAACUCCCUCUCAAGCAGGACUGUGAGAAACGUGUCGCGCUGGUUUUCAUGAUGGCAGGACGGCAAGUUUUAGUCGGAGGACUGGAGAAGAGAAAGACGGGAGAUGAAUCCUCUUUUGUGUCCUUCUGACAAGUCGUUGUAGAAGCUGCACCGAGAAACUUUCUACUAACAGUGCUUUUUUUUGUUUUUCUAUAUAAAGAGAAUAAGAACAUYUCAGUCAGGCAAAGAAAAAAAACGUAACUGUGGAAACGUUCUUUCAGAUCUGCAGAUCUUAUUCAAUGGCGCUUUCAGACCAGAGGCUACUACUAUUUAAUCCCAUCAGCAUCUUGCAUGAUUCUGCAGUUAAAAGGAGCAGAAAAGAACACAGCUUCUACUACAAUAUUAUGGUACUGGUAAAUUUAAACUUCACUUUUUUUCUUUUUUUUUACUAUGUUUAUGUGAAUUACUGUACUCAAGGUAGCAUUUUCAUUUUCUGGCACCGAUAAUUGGGCACUUUUGCUUGUUUUAUUUUUGUUUAUGUUCCACCUGCAGGUUUUUUAUUAGAAAUUCAAGAACCAGAAGUUUUCAAAAUUUACAGAAUAGUUUAAAAUCGCUCAUUCUCGUGCUUCAAGCAGAAAAAGAAAAGUGAGUUGAUGUUUGUCUUUUUCCUCCAGUAGCAAAGAGGAAUAAAAAAAUCAAGAUAUUUAAUGCCAAGUAAAGAGUUCAGAGCUUUAUUUGUUGUUUUUUGGCCUCUGAUUUAGCUUCACAUUCAGUAAAUUUCACAACAAAGACCAAAUAAAUCUGGAUUAAUUUUAGUGUCUGGUGAUUAAGAUGGGAUAUUAAUUAUUUUUACUAUGAACAAAGAUGUUGACUGACGGUGAAUUAAUAUAUUUAUGAUUUUACAUUAAGUUGCUUGAAGCAAAGGUAAAAUGUUGGAGCUAUUGUCAAAUUGUGAAAUUAUCAGAAAAAUCAAGUUACAAACAUCACUCUUAGGCUUUUGUUUACAAAAACUCGUGUUUUAUUUAUUUUUCAGUUUGCCAAGCCAUACUGAGUAAAAUGUUUCCCUGUCUGCUCUGACCCUGACUUGUUCUUCACCUUCUGAUGUGUUUGUGUUUUCUGUUCUUUGUUUAUUUUCCUUUUACUUGAAGCGUCUCUGGGCACGAAGUCGUCUUUCAGAAACGGGUGACGAAAUUAAUGUACGAGAGAAUGUGAUUCAGGAGAAGUUAUGUUUGUACAGCAUAAAAAAAAAACAACAAACUGAAUGACUUUUUAAAUUAUAACACUGAAUAGUUAUAAAUUAUUAUUUAUGAACGAGAUCCUGUGUAGUCCAAAAGGCGUAAACUGAAUCUGUAGAAUCAUUUUGUGCUGGUAUGAUUUCUGGAAUGUGGCGUGUGUCGAGUUCGGUCGGCUUUUUGUCUUGUUCCUGGAGCACCUUACUGAUGGAGGUGAGAGAGAAGCUGUCUGUGGUUGGACGUGAAAAUCAGGACUGUAAAGAUUAAAGUUGUGAGCUGUAUUUAAAACGUUUAUAGAGGAAUUAUGCCCUGGAGUUCCCAAAGAUGUGAUUUAUAAAAAGAAUUGUUUCUCGGUUUGUGAUAUUUGUAAUAAAUGUAUGUCAAUGUUA